GAAGAAAGAUUACUUCUUUCAUCACCAAAAGAUGAAAUGGGGAAGAAAGAAAUCCAUUAUCAACAACAACAACAACAGCAUCAACCACCAUUCUGCAUCCUCUCUCCCCUCCUUGCUCUCUCAAGUCUUUUCCAUCUCUUGGAUUUCAAAAUUCAAGCAAAUGGGCAUCAAAUCCGAACCCAAACAUUUUAAAACCAAGUUUAAAACCAGACCCACAUCGCCGUCUCUGAAUUCUACGCAGCGACGGCAUCCAAAGGACUUGGCUUUCACACCGGAGUUCACCGGUAGAAGGGUUAGCCAGAGGAGGAGCAGAGCUUUAACUGAGAUGGAUGGUGACGAUGAUGACUAUUGGCGACUUUCUUUUGGUGGAGAGAGCUCUGAUGGUAAGAAAUCCAGAGCUCCUUUGCGUUCUGUUUGGUAUGAUUCUGAGAAUGAGCUCGAAUUGCCACCAAGAACUAGUUGUCAUAGUUGCAGAUCAACUGCAAUGACUUCAAGAACUGAAGAAUCACCGAAUUUUACUAAUAUGGUCUCCGACAUUAGGAAAAACAGAGGUUCUCCAGCGAAUGUGAAAUGUGAAGAUCACGAAUUUGAAACCGAAACAGCUCCGAAGAAAAUUAUAAGGGAUUCGAAACUGAUAAACAGAAAAUCUAGGAAGUCAGGUGGAAGAAUUACAGAGAAAGAGCAGUUCUUAUCGGAAAUAGAAUCAGUUGAAGAGAAUUACAGUUCAAGGCAAUCUCUUUACAUUUCUUCUCAUGCGAGGAAGAGCAAUCAGGAGAGAAAUUCUCCGAAUUCAGAAACAACCCAUCAAUUAGGAUCGGAUUCAGAACAGAAGAAAGCAAAAGACUUGAAGAUUGAGUUCUUGUCUAUAUAUGAAAAACCGAGAAAAUCUGUGUGCGUCAAUGGAGAAUUACAGAGGAGAACAAAACAGAGUAGCAAAGUUAAAGUGUGUUCUCCAAGAACUCCUUCGAAGAGCGAGGUGUGCAAAAUAAAAGCUAUUGAAGACAUGAAGAAAGCCAAGAUGAAGAAGGUGAAGAUGAAAGAGAGAGCAGUAGAGGAAAAAGCUUUAGAGAGCUUUGCAGUAGUGAAAUGCUCGUUCGACCCUGAGAAGGACUUCAGAGAUUCAAUGGUGGAGAUGAUAUCUGAGAAUCAGAUUAAACGAUUGGAAGAGUUUGAGGAGCUCUUGGCUUGUUAUCUUUCUUUGAAUUCAGAUGAAUACCAUGAUCUCAUUAUCAAAGUCUUCAAGCAGGUAUGGUUCGAUUUGAAGAAGCUUUCUUUUAGUCCUGAUUUACAGAAAGAUCAUUCUCCUAAUGAUCAGUAAUUGUAUUUUGUCCAAAAAAGCUGGAAAAAAAAAAUCUGUAACUCUGCAAUAAAUGAUUAAUGAACUUAUAAUGCU